UAUAUGUUUGCAUAACACCCAGUCUUUGUAUAGACAGAAUUUUAACCUGACUUUUUCGACCAUUUUCCACUAGUCCGCAUUUUACAUGUGUAGUGGUUAGUGAUAACAUAACCUCAAUUGGUUGUUGUGAAGCAAAAUUUGUUCAGUUUUAAGUAAGAACAAUGAAGGUAGAAGAUUUGGCCCAGGUUUCCGCGUUUGCGAAAUAUAAAGAGAAUGGAUCGAAAAAUAAGUCCCAGAAGGUAUCAAAUGCAGGCAUUGUGAAGAAGAGCAAGAAACAAUUAAAAAAGCAACAGCUUAAAAAGGCCCUUCAGCAAAAGAAAAAUAAGGAUAUUGCAGAAAAGGAACCUAAGGUGCAAGUGACACCAAAGAAUUCAUCAUCUAAAGAGGUCAAGCAAAACAAAAAAUCAAAGAAGAAACCAGUUAAGCAAAUAAUUGAAGUUGAAGAUAGUGAUGAUGAAGAAAUUCCACAAUUGAUUGAGCCUUUCAUUGAGGUGGAAGAGGCAACUCCUGAAACUGAUUUAUCAGGAUUCUUGAAACAAACACCUAAUAUUAGUUUUCCAAAGAAAACUGAAACCUUAUUGAAAUGGUUAUUACAUCCUAUCCUACCAAAGGAUUUCUUUGAAGAUUAUUGGGAGGAGAGUCCUUUGUACAUUAAGCAUAAUAAUGAAAAAUAUUUUUCUCAAAUAUUAACUUCAUCAGAUAUUGAUUUAAUGCUUCGAGAACAUCCUCUGUAUUUCAGCAGAAAUGUGGAUAUGGUUAUUUACAAGGAUGGUUCAAGAAUCACAGAAAAUCCAGUCGGAAGAGCCAGAGCUAGUAUUGUGUGGGAUGCAUAUGCAGCUGGAUAUUCAAUACGUAUUUUAAAUCCACAAACAUACAAUAUAAAAGUACAAUUGUUGCUUUCUACACUACAAGAAUAUUUUGGAACUAUGGUUGGAGCAAAUGUCUAUUUAACACCAGCUGGUUCUCAAGGAUUUGCUCCCCAUUAUGAUGAUAUUGAAGCAUUUGUCAUUCAACUUGAAGGAAGGAAACAUUGGAAAUUAUAUAAACCUGUCAAUGAUGAUAGUAAUCUAGCAAGAUUUUCAAGCAAUGAUUUUAAAAGGGAAGAAUUGGGUGAACCUUUAAUUGAAGUCACUCUAAAUGCUGGAGAUUUAUUAUAUUUCCCACGUGGUGUUGUGCACGAAGCUAAAACAGAUGAUGAAAUGCAUUCAUUACACGUUACGUUGUCCACUUAUCAACGUACAGCUUACGCCGAUUUGUUGGAGGAAUUAUUACCACAAGCAUUGCAAAGAGCUGCUGCAAACAACAUAGAAUAUAGAAAGGGCUUGCCUAUUGGUUACCUAAAGCACAUGGGAGCGUUCAACAGCGACAACUCAGAAGUACGGCAGCAAAUUGAAAAGAAUGUUUGCAAGCUAAUCAAAAUGCUGCCAACAUAUGCAUGCACCCCCACUGCAGUAGACAAGUUGGGACGCAAAUUUAUGCAUGAUGCUGUUCCACCAGUUCUCGAUUUACAAGAAAAGGAAUGCAGUUCAAUGUACGACGGAGACAAAUUAUAUAAAGGAAGAUUGGUUGAAAGAGCUGAAAUUACUCCGGACACUGAGAUUCGUAUAUUACGGUACUAUGCAGUUAGAUUGGUAGUCGAAAAUCAAGAAGUGAACUUGUAUUAUUGCACCGAGAAUUCCAAAGUAUAUCACGAGGAAGAACAACAGUAUAUAACCAUUGAUGCGGAUAUGAUUCCAAUUGUAGUGGAUCUAAUUAAAAGUUACCCGAAAUUCUUGCCCGUGGAAAACUUACCAUGCGACGAUAUGGAAAAGAAGAUGAGUUUCAUUACAACUUUGUGGGAUUAUGGUAUUAUUGUAACUAAUGAGAGGCUUGAAAUUAAUGAAGACGAUGACAUCACUGAUACCGAUUCCAGUGACGAUUAAGUUAUGUGUUUAUUCGUGACUGUUAUUGUGAUUUUUAUUAUUUCAAACGCAUAAUCUCGUGUAAUGCAUGUAGUAGGUCUUGAAAUAUAUAUACAUAUGUAUAUAAAUC